AUGUGGACAUCUGGAGCAGUCCAUCGCAUAUUUGGCUUCAAAAUGUCAUGCGAAAGCGACGCUUUUGAACGUGAACAAGUUCAUCAACCCAAGCGACUUCACAUGGACGACAUCCCAGUUAGCAACGGUGAGACAAAUAAAGUGAGGGGCGCUAUCAAACAUCCUGGAGGCCAGCGUCACUUCAUCGACGCUCUGGGUGGCAGUGACAAGACCGUUGUAUACACGGCUACCUAUAGUAUCAUCUCGCCAUGA